AUGCGAAGGCGAACCGAUGACGACAAACACGUCCGACCGUCGAUGUCCCAAAUCGGUUGGAUGAAAGCCGAAGAUCAAACAAUAUUAACGUUCCAUGAGCGUGUAGUGGCUUCAAACGGUCGAUUCAGCGUAAGUCAUGAGAAUUACAGAACUUGGUAUUUACACAUAAGAGACGUGGAGGAAACAGACAAAGGCUGUUACAUGUGUCAAGUAAACACCCUCGAAAUGCAAAAACAAAUCAGCUGUUUAGACGUCUUAGUGCCACCGGAUAUAAUUACAGACGAGUCGAGCCCUGACCUCACGCUUAUGGAGGCAGAGAACGCCACCCUGUCGUGUCACGCCACCGGCAACCCCGAGCCGAAAAUCACGUGGAGGCGCGAGAAUAACCAGCCGCUGAUGCUGCGCACCGGUGCCAGAGACUUGGUCAAGCAGAAUUCGUAUAUCGGUAACGACCUGAAACUUUGGCGGCUUGACAGAAGACAGACCGGCGUUUACUUCUGCAUAGCCAGCAACGGUAUACCACCUGCAGUCAGCAAGAGGAUAACGCUGAGCGUUUACUUUCCGCCGGUAAUUGCGGUGCCCAACCAACUACUGGGAGCGCCAAUAGGCACAGACGUGACACUCGAAUGUCACGUGGAAUCCUACCCCAAAUCGAUCAACUAUUGGGUCAGAAAUCGAACAAAAAUGUUGAUGGACGGGCCCAAGCACAUUCUUCGAGAAACAAUAUCCGGCUACAAGGCCGCCUACUAUAUUGUUAUCAAGAUGUUCGACCAGACAGAUGUAGGAACCUACAAUUGCAUAUCAACUAACUCCAUUGGAAACUCUGAAGGGACUCUAAGGGUGUACGAGCUUCAGGGCGACAUACCGAUCGGAAAGAGCUCCAAGAACAAGGUGGCCAGAUCGUCAGCAUGUCCAAAGCACAUGCACAUAGUCACGGUGGCCGCGUUGACCGCGGUCUGGGCCAAAGCCAUCGGUUGA